GGCAGCCUGUCGACGGACGUAAUUUUGAGUGACCGCGAAUGAGAUAAACAAGCGAUUCGCUCGCUUGUGAUUGGCCAGUUUGUCAUUCGAGUUGAGGUAAUUUCAAACAUCAUUUUGCUGCUUGGUUAAGUCCUGAAUUUCCGUGAGCGUUUUAUCAAACUGGAGAGAUAACUGACAACACAAAUGAUUACAGCUCAGGAAAGAAAUGAUAUAGCAAUGGAUUUAUUUGCUGAAUUCAACGAAUUCAUGCCAAAUUACUAUCUAAGGACUUCUCAGGAGUAUCAAGAAUGCAAACAAUGUCCUGAAGAGAGAUCCUUAAAUAAGUAUAAUAUACACAGUGGUCUGGCUAAUCAUGAUAAAAAUGGCAUGGUUGAUGCAGCAUAUACGUAUACUUUUGUAUACGUAGGUAAACCUAGAUGAACUGUGUUCUUGUCACGAAGAUCGGAAAGCAGGUACCAGAUGUCUCAGUAAGCAGUGUAAUACAUGUAAGUUACAUGUUUUUAUUUGACAUAAACUGAAUCUCCACUCACUUUCAGAAUUAAUCUUAAAUUCAGUUGGAAUAAGCUUGUUGAGCACAUCAGUAUUGAGAGAAUACAGUGAAAACUUAUGGAAAAACAUAUAUGUGCCGUGUACGCAGAUGGAACUUACUGACGGUAACAGAGGACUACUCAUCUGAAUUAUCUGUACAUUUGAAAUCUGAUUUGUGUUUAAUAAACAAUUUUCA